AUGCGCAUUGGCCCCUUCGGCAUCACCGAAUUACUUCUCAUACUGGUUGUUCUGCUACUGAUUUUUGGCGCCACCAGGCUGCCCGGAAUUGGGUCCUCGUUGGGCAAAGGAAUUCGGUCAUUCAAAUCUUCGGUAACCGGAGAGGACGAAAAGACCGGCACGGAAACGGGGUCAAACGAGCAGAACACCUGA